AUGAACACCACGGGCGGAAUAACAGACGAGGCGGCGAUUGAGACGCACGACCUCAUUCACGAUGCCGAGCUCGAGGAGCAAAGGUCCCAUGGCGACCAUGCAUUGACCCAGCCCGACAUGGGCGAGGAGUCUAUGAACGCAUCAAAACCAAUGGAGACUGGACAGAAGAAACAGGGUCGCCAUUCAACGAUGGAUAAGAUGAAGGAGGCUCUGCAUUUUAAUAAGAAAUGA